CACAGUUAUUUUAAUGUAUCGAUAACACAUGUAAAACUGCUACAAGUCAGCUGUUCCCAAACAAAGAAUCAGAACAAUUUACGUUGCAAAAAAACAGCAUCUAUAUUAGCGAACAAAGAUCAAAAUACGAGUGGAAGGGACAAAAAAAGUUUAAUUUAUUGACAGUUACCAGCACACAAAAAAAAGAGAAAGAAAGUGAAUUAUGAAUUUGUCUUUUGCUGGCUGCGGUUUUCUGGGCAUUUAUCAUGUCGGUGUUGCCGUGUGUUUUAAGAACUAUGCACCACAUUUAUUGCUUGAGAAAAUUGGAGGUGCAUCCGCAGGCUCCCUGGCCGCGUGUUGCCUGCUUUGCGAUUUGCCACUUGGUAGUAUGACAUCUGAUUUUUUCCGGGUAGUAAACGAAGCUCGUCGCCACUCUCUGGGCCCCUUCAGUCCAUCAUUCAACAUACAGACCUGCCUGCUCGAAGGUCUGCAGAAACAUCUACCCGAGGAUGCACAUAUGCGAGUCAAUGGGCGGUUACAUAUUUCAUUGACGAGUGUUUACGAUGGGCAAAAUGUUAUUAUCUCACAGUUCGAGUCCCGCGAAGAGGUGCUUCAGGCACUGCUCUGCGCCUGCUUUAUUCCGGGCUUUUCUGGCAUUUUGCCACCGAAAUUCCGUGGUGUGCGCUACAUGGAUGGUGCCUUUUCGAACAACUUACCCAUCCUUGAUGAAAACACUAUCACCGUUAGCCCCUUCUGCGGCGAGAGCGACAUUUGUCCACGUGACCAAAGCUCACAACUUUUUCACUUUAACUGGGCAAACACAAGCAUCGAAAUCUCACGACAAAACGUAAAUCGUUUUGUUCGUAUUCUCUUCCCGCCUCGCCCCGAGUUCCUUUCAAAAUUUUGUCAACAAGGUUUCGAUGAUGCCCUACAGUUUCUGCACCGCAACAAUCUAAUCAAUUGCAGACGUUGCGUUGCUGUUCAAUCGACGUUUGUUGUCUCAGAAACAGUUGCUCAGCCCCCCGAAUUCGAUCCAGAGUGUCAUGAAUGCAAAAAGCACAGAAAAGACGCUUUGAGCUCAAACAUGCCACAAACUGUUCUGGACGUAAUACAAGACUACAUUGAGCAGGCAAACAAGGGAUUGGCCAACUGGAUCUUUAGGCAUCGCGGCCUUAAACUACUCUCACUACCUGCUACAGUGCCAAUGGACUUUUUGUUGGCAACCGUAUAUAAAAUCUCCAGCCUGACUCCGAAACUGACCAAGCAAAUGCGACUAGUGAUUGCCCAGUUGCACAAUGCAAUUCAAACGCGUCUCUUCAGUAAAUUCACGCUUUACGAUACGCCACAUUUUGAUGCAACAGGAUUGUUGCACUCUAGUCGUUUGUACGGACCGCGAGUUUCAAUAUUAGUCGAUGAAUGCGGUGCUACCCCACUAAAUGUCGAUGUUGAUAAUUUUGAACAUGUUCUCAAGAUGAGCACGCAUAAUGAUGCCCUCUAUGCCUACUACUACACUGAUAAUAGCACGAAUCAUGUUAAGGUGACUGAAAUAUUUGAUUUUGAUGAAAUGACAGAGCACGGUCAGCUGGCUACAGAUUUACAACUCUACGAAGGCUCCGUCGAGGAUCAUCCAAAUCCACGCCAGCCACAUUCACAUAAUGCAGUUGUCAGCGAAUGGAAUGGUGUUGAGUCCGACUUCUUCAUAGACGCUCAAACGCCCAAUUCGACAGAAGAACUCGAAUCGCCAUACUUCAACACAUUAAAUAUGGAACACAAUUUGGAAGAAAUAAAUGGUCCUUUGGCUAAUCAACAUGGGGCUCAAACGUCCAUAAAUAGCAAUGAUUUGUGCAUAGAAAUCGAAUGAGCUCUCCACUUAUGACAAUCGAAACUCGAAUUUAUAACGAAUAUAACGAUUCCAAAGCGGCUCCCAGCCAAGCGAAGAGCCUUAUUUAGCUUUCUGUUAGCAUGUAAUACUUAUAUAAUUGUAGUACGAAAACGUAUGUUUAUAUGUAACUAUGUAAUUGCAUUUUACAUAUGCUCUUUGCUUCUUCUGGUUUUGUGAGUUGCAGUUAGAGCAUGCAAUUAAACAAUGU